UUUCUUUCAUUUUAAUUCUGUUCUUACCAUUUGAUGAGCAGCAGCAUUCAGCUAAACGUGAAUACUAACUUGGGGGAACAAGUGAAGGGGAGGGCAGCAAAAAGAUGAACAACAAAGAAAGUUAACACUUCAUCAUGGAAGUCCUCAUUCUAGCUUUGAAGAGAAAAAUUUCAGUGUAUCAUAACUAUACCUACAGCAGCGUAAAUCUGCCGAGUGAAUCCAAUCACAGAACUUAAGAGUACAGUAUCAGAUCUCUAUCAUUUUGAUCGCAAAUAGAUCUGAAUAAUAUUCCGAGAGGAGAAUCAUGGGGUCAUGUUUAUAAUUGUUUUGAGUGUUUGCACUUAAUUAUUUAGCCAUAUUGUUUUCAUCUGUUCUUUAUCUGUUUAUAUAAUUUUUUUUUCACAGGUGGCCAGAGGAACUGGAUACAGGUAUUUUGUAACGGAGGUGUUCCAACAGAGAUUGCCUUACUUUAUAUGAUUGAAACUGGGCCGGGAGAAAUUGCAAUUGAUUUUUCAAAGCAAUACACUGCCUCUUGGAUGUCCCUCUCUCUCCUGGGAGCACUGGCUUGCAGUUCAGGUGAUACCUGGGCAUCAGAAAUAGGAAGCGUCGCCAGCAAAACACAACCAAGACUGAUCACCACAUGGGAAAAGGUUCCCAUUGGUACUAAUGGAGGAGUAACCUUUGUAGGCCUUGUGUCAAGUUUACUUGGUGGAAUGGCUGUUGGAUUAGCCUAUCUGUUAACUCAGUUGAUGUUUGUGGAGGACCUGGAUACUUCACCACCUCAGUGGCCAGUUGUUGUAUAUGGUGCUGCAGCAGGUUUCCUUGGUUCUGUUUUGGAUUCCUAUUUAGGCGCUGUGAUGCAGUAUUCAGGUUUUGAUGAAGACAGUGGGAUGGUUGUCAAUCACAUUACUCCUAAUGGAAGGCACAUAUCAGGGAAACCUAUUCUGGAUAAUAAUGCAGUGAAUCUUUUCUCUGCCAUCCUUAUUGCUCUGCUGCUGCCGGGAAUGACCUGGCCCUUUUGGCCAAGGAAAUUAACAAUUUAAAAACGUGGUGAAGGAGGAUCCUAAUUGUCGUCUGGCAUAAAAUACUGCAUAUGAAUAUUGCACUAAUAAUUAGAAAUCGGAAUUAAAAUGAAGAUGUACUAAAAUACUUCAACAGUUCAACUUCGUGGAAGCAUAAGCUGUACCUUCAAAAUCUUACUUUGACUUAUUGCUUGUUUGGAAAUGUUAUUUGGUUUCUUCAAUCAAAAAGCUUACCCUCGUAAUACAUUACAUCUCAGUAAAUAGUUUGUUUUAUUACAAUUGAUAUUGUUGCUGCUUUAUAUUAACAUUCCUUUCAACAACACCUCUAAAGCAAAUAACAUACUUAAAUUAUGUAACAACUCAUAACUUUGAAGAACUUUAGGCAGAAAACCUUUGUUCCAUCAAGCCCACUCUUCUAAAUCACUGGUUUAUUUCCUCCUUUAUGAUUCUGGAUCUAUAUCGACAUUUCAAAUCAAAGUUUAUUCAAUGCAUUUUUAAAUACUGCUGUUUCGUUGUAAAUGAUUCUUACUGAUGAGGUUUCACAAUUUUAUUACAGUUUUGCACCAGAAAUUGCUGCCUAAAUUUCAGAAUUGUAAACUCUGUCUUCUAAUCCUUGAAUCUUGUAUUUGACUGAAGAGUUGUGAACCCUGACAAGCAAGAUUUUAAAAAAGAAACAAAGUUACUGACCAGCUUUAAGUCUGUGAGUGACUUGGGAGAAAUAAAUGCAAAAUGAUGUCACAGUUCCAAGAAGGGCUGGCAGGGAUAAUUUACAGGUAAAUCUUAAUUUAAUCUACUAUAAGAUAAACAAUAUCCAGUAAUUUGUUAACAGAGCUAAUAAAAAUUAACUCAAUUCAUUAAAGUCAUAUGUAAAUCUUGAGUAAUUAAACAUACAUCAGGAUUAGCUGGUCUUGGGCUGUAUCAUAAGCUCGAACAAAUGUGUUCACAAUAAGGAGAAACUUCUGAUCGGAUUUGUUGAGCUGGAGUCCAAAACCUGGGGGCAUUGUAGAGCGGGAAGAGUUACCAAGAUUGUUUGAUUGAGGAUACAGUCACACCCUUUCGUUUACUUCAUUUACUUGAAUUUAAUUUUCCAUACCUACAGAAGGUUUUUAAAUCAGUUUUGUUCACGCUUGUUUACUCAUCUUCUAGUUUCUCUUUGUUAAUUUCUUGGUGAUCUUUCAUUUCCGGGGAGACAGUGGCAUCGUGGUAGUGUCACUGGACGAGUAAUCCAAAGGCCCAGUGACAUGGCCACUGUGCCAAGUUCUAAUACUUUCUACACAGAUUCAAAUCCCAAUAUGGCAGCUGGUGAAGUUUAAACUCCAUUAACGAUUGUAGAAUUAAAGGCUGCUCUUGCCAAUGGUGACCACAGCAGUUAUUGUCAAUUAUUGUAAACCAACCCACCAGGUUCACUAAUGUCCAUUAGGAAAAUAAAUCUGCCGUCCUUACCUAGUCUGGCAGGUCUGGAUGUGACUCCAAAGAGCCAAAGCAAUGUGAUUGAUUUGGAAGUGGACUCACAAGUCAUGCUAUUCAAGACGAAUUAGAAACGGAUAACAAAUGUUAGCCUUGUCAGUGAUCACAUGAAAGAAUAAAGGAAAAUAACCUCAAAUUCUCUCAAUAUUGCCUCUCCUGCUGACAACAGCUUAAGCUGCUUGUUUUAUCUAUCUUUCUAAAUUAUUCUGUUUGAUCACUUGUGUUGAGUUUUUAUUUCUUAAGGAAAUGUACAUUUUCUGUGAAUUCCUUUCCUUUUUUGUUUUAAAAAGGACACUGAUCCCAUCCCAGUUUAAUCGGAGCCAAAUCAGAAAGAACAGCUUCCUUAUUUCUCGGUAACAGUGCCUGUGCGCCUGGAUUGAUAUCCCUGCUGCUCAUACAAUGCUUUUAGCCAUGCAUUAAGAAAAAAACCUUCUGAUCCAUUUAGCAAAACAGGCAACAAUCUAGAAUUUAGUAUUGCAUUUUCCAAUUCAUUUUAGCCCUCCCUCUUUCUGACUGUCGUACCUUUCCUCCUGAUAGAUCUCAUUCUGUUUUCUCAGUUUAACAACUAUCAGCUUAGAAGUUUUUUUUAAAAUCAGUUAUUAUCAGUAUGUAAAAAAGAAUUAGUGAUGUAAAAUGUAAUGGCGGAAAAGAAAUUGGCAAAGGCAAUAAGUGGUAGAUCGUAAAAAGAAAGCAUUCUGGCAAGCUCCAAUUUCUUGUGUUCUUAUGAACUUCUUGGACAGAAAUUCUUAAUACUUGUGGUAAUUUAUGAAACCCCGUUGACCUCUUCUCCAGGUAGUAAAUUAGCAUAAGCACGUACAAUUACUAUUUAACAUAGCUAACAUUUACGUUUUUUUAAAUAUCGAACUAAUUUAGGCAAACACAUUGAAAUAUCCAAUUGCAUUACAUUUUAAACCAAUAGCGUCCAAAUAUAUGCUCACUAUAGCCCACAUUGUGCACUCAAGGUUUUAUUGGUAGAGGGAUUGAGUUUCGGAGCCAUGAGGUCAUGUUGCAGCUGUACAAAACUCUGGUGCGGCCGCACUUGGAGUAUUGCGUACAGUUCUGGUCACCGCAUUAUAGGAAGGAUGUGGAAACAUUGGAAAGGGUGCAGAGGAGAUUUACCAGGAUGUUGCCUGGUAUGGAGGGAAGGUCUUAUGAGGAAUGGCUGAGGGUCUUGAGGCUGUUUUCGUUAGAGAGAAGAAGGUUAAGAGGUGACUUGAUAGAGACAUACAAGAUGAUCAGAGGAUUAGAUAGGGUGGACAGUGGGAGCCUUUUUCCUCGGAUGGUGAUGGCUAGCACGAGGGGACAUAGCUUUAAAUUGAGGGGUGAUAGAUAUAGGACAGAUGUCAGAGGUAGGUUCUUUACUCAGAGAGUAGUAAGGGCGUGGAAUGCCCUGCCUGCAAAAAUAGUAGACUUGCCCACUUUAAGGGCAUUUAAAUGGUCAUUGCAUAAACAUAUGGAUGAUAAUGGAAUAGUUUAGUUCAGAUGGGCUUCAGAUUGGUUUCACAGGUCGGCGCAACAUCGAGGGCCGAAGGGCCUGUACUGCGCUGUAAUGUUCUAUGUUCUAUGUUCUAAAGCCUCAGCAAUUAAAAUUACAUUUAGAGUUUAAAUUUGUAUUUUCAUUUGAAUACAUUACAAGUUGCUAAUAUAAGCAAAUCCUGUUAUUUAGAUUUAAGAUUCAUUUAACAAUGAGGUGAUUCUGCUUAAAACAACCCUCUAUAAAUGUUAGCCAAACUAGUAACUAAGAAAUAUAAACAUAGGUGGAAUUAAGUUGCCCAAAGUUCAAGGCUCUUGAGCAACUCACUGUCUACAGUUUGUACAUUUAUAUCAACUGUAAUGAAUUUAGAAUCAAACAUUUAUAGAGCCAGAUGUUUGAAUUUAGUUUCAGAUUAUUUGUAAAUGUGGCAUGAAAAUAUGUUGACCAAUAACAUGUAGCAUUUUUUCUGUCUUCAUGACCUCAUUGUCUGAAGUACUUUUUUUUAAAAACACUAAUCUGUUUGGAUGUGUUAUGACACACUUCUGUGGCAGGUGGGGCUUUUUAAAAUUAUUCAU